AUGACAGUCAAAGAUGAGAUUCCAAGUUUGAAUAUAGGAUUCUUCUUCGAUCCACGUACAGAAGGCGUCAACUCUGAUCAUAAGGAAAGCACUGAGAACGUCCCUACGACCUUGGAUAAUCCCCAGCAGAAGGCCGGGAUCCUCGAGCAGCCAGCACAGUGUCCAAGAAAGUCAACCAGAAAAAGAACGCUCAACGUUCCGUUCGAUCCCACCACGAAAACAUUUGACGCCAAGAAAUCAGCGCCAAAAGUGGGCCAUGAAACCGCGAGCGACUGCGACUUGGAGCCCAUCGUGGCGCUAAUCACAGUAGAAGACUAUUCUGACACGUUCAAUCGUCAGCCUUUUCAUAUUCCGAACGCAAAUGAUCGUCAUCGUUCAAACAAACCUACUCGCGAUUAUCAGUUUGAUUUAAGUUCUCAGUUUUCCAUGAUUAUAGAUAUGAAUCAUCGCCAAACACCUAAGGGACACCGAUCCCCGUCGCCUUCCGUGCACCAGCCGGAAACUCAGCCUCGAUUAACGGACGAGGAGCUGUCUGGCGAGCCGGAACUGCAUUGGGAAUCCGAUUUCAUUGACCUAGAAGAGUCAGCGGAUUCCCAGGUCUCCAUUCCUCAACAUGUUGUCGAUCAGUUGGACAAGGAGGCGCGGAAAGAACCAGACGAGGCAGAUCACAAAAUCCCGGAGCAUUCGCCCGGAUCCGCGGUAUCCAGGGAGGCAUUAUCGCACUCCGCUAAACAAAAUCAGUCAGCAGCCGGAAGAGAGAAGUCGUGCGGGAAGAAGAAGCGAAAGCCAGAUUCGAAUCAGUUGUCAAGCCCUCGCUCUUGUCAGAACUCCUCUUCGAGAAGCCCUUCUCCAUCUAGAAAACAAUCUAGGCUGAAAUCCUUUAUAGGCGCAGUGUUUAACAAAGCCAACCCCAAUCCGUUGAGGCGUUCGGAGCGUUCUGCCCGACAUCGUUCAUCCGAUCCACCGAGAAAACAUCCAGACGAGAAGAGACCGUCUGGGGAGAGCAACGUCUGCAACCAAUCUGUGGUCAAGGAGCUCCGCUCAGACUCGCGAGCAAAUGUUUCGGAUCCUCCCGGCACUCAGAAGUCUAUGGCCAAUGACCCACAGGACGACUUGCCAUUGGAAAAAAUCCUCCAGCUGCUCACCAGAAGAGUCAACAACGAUCCGAGCAUGUUAAAAUUGGUCCAACAGAAGCUGAAGAUAGCCCCAGAGUCACGAGUUGUUAGUCCGUUGGAGACUGGUCCGUCCAGAAAGAUGGUGUUUAAUCCGAAAGGACUGGGAUCGUCACGUUCUACGGCUGCUACCGACGCUAACGCUACACCCCCUCCAGCUUUGGUUCCCGAGCAAUCGCCGGGCUUAAACGUUCAAGAGCAAGGUGCUCAAGCUAGGGAAUCUGGUGACACAUCAGCGGAUCAGCAUCCACCACCGACCGUGCAGAUACCUCGACAGAGAAGCCGUUCGGUCGCCGACAGAUUACGAACGGUGUCUUUCCGUCAGUCGGAGACAAACUCUCCAUUUAUGUUAUGCACUCCAGGCAGCGGUGAUCAUAGACAUUGUCAAAGAGCGACGACCCCAUCUGAGUUCAAUAAGGUCUGUCGCUUUGAGAUCGCAUCCGCAGCUCAUGCGUUAGCAUUUGGUCAGAUCUGGGUCGAUCAGAAGCAAAUCAGAUUCGCAAAAACCACGUUGACCCGAGAGGUUGAGUCUAUGACUCCAGAAGCUGCCUGGGAAUACGCGGCGGUCUUGCAAGAUGACCUACACCCCCAUCGCCCUUUCAACGCCCCCCGCCCCCAGGCCCGUCAACUCACCACAAAGUUGGUUAACCGGUUCUUGAGCUCGUGCCAAGUCAGAUUCGAGGAGUUAAUGGAUAAUCCUCUGGUAGAUCUCAUCCCCCGGAAAAAUUCUCCUCAUCCCAUCUUGGAAAAGCUGUACUCCGAUGCCGUGAAUCGGAUAAAGGUGUGUCGAAGUUGGAGGGGCAGCGAGGAACUGAACUUUGAUCCGAAAUUUUUUGUGGAUAACCCCGUUGUCAUCAUCACUGAUGGGGAAUCCUAUCGAGAUAUGACAGACGAGAUCCGAAGAGAAGUCCAAGUUCCAGGGGCGGUCCGUCACAGUCACUUUAAUGUUACCCAAACCCUGAGAGAUAUCCAGGAUAGAGUGAUUUACGUCUCUCCCAGCGUAGCGGUCGUAGUAGUGGUGGCCAGUGUUUCGAAUUUCGACAACCGCUUGGUGGACAAGGUCAACAAUGCGUUCAAGGAGUAUGCCUCAGCACAAGGAGCCCAUUUCAGAGUGGAAUUAUGGGUAAGAAUAGCGGUGCAAUUCUACCCCGACCUCCGAGAAACCCUUCAGGAACGGGCUUCCCGAUUUCCAUAUAUGGCAUGUUUCUGUUUUUCUGAGCGUGAGGAUCACGGAGAGGUCUAUGACCGCCAGCUUUCCGUGCUCACCCGCCGGGUUAAGGUGCUGGUAGAAAGGAUCAGAUCGGCACGCGAAAGGAUCGCGUCGGAAAAGGCGUUGGAAGAUGAGGUCUUUUGGGACGACACUGAUCAGCCGGACGACUAG